AUGACACUGAAUAAAUACUCUCAACUAGAAGAAACAAAGAUAAUUUUCAACAGUUUGCUCUCAUUAUUACCUGAAGAAUUUAUCACAGAGAAUGUAUCAAAGAUAAAGUUCGAGAAUUAUUCCAACAAUUUGAUAGUUCCUUGUCCAUUAAAACAAACUGAAACAAUUUCAGCAUUGAAAGGUCUUGAAGCAUUGGUUGCUUUGAAAUUAACUCAAGAAAGAUUUGGGUCUAACGAUGGUACAUGCAAAAUUGAUUUAGAGCAUGCUUUAUUAUUCUUAUUUUCAACUUAUUGUUCUUCUGUUGAUGGAUUUUUUAAAACAGAUAAGAAAGAGGUCUUGAAGUAUUUAAAACCAACUGAUUUAAAUCAAGCACAGUCAGACCCAUAUCGAAGAAUGUCAGCCAAUUUGUAUCGCACUAAGGAGAAAGAUAGAUUUUAUCACAUUCAUGGCUCGUUGGAUGCAACAACAUGUCUUGAAAUGAUUGGAUUGCCUGCUUUUGUUCCAGGAUUGGAAGACUAUGAUAAGAUUGUUGAUAUUUACCAAGAAAAGUUGGAUCAAUUCACAGUAGAUGAAUUAGAGGAACUAAACACAAAAAACAAACAAGCUGGAGUCGAAGCUUUAAAGCCUGAUGUAUUUUUGCAAACCAAACAUGGUGCAACAAUCAGUAAAGUUCCCCCAUUUGAAGUUGAAACACUUGAGACGUCAACUCCAAAAAUUGAAUUUGCAGCUACUUUAUCGUCCAGAAAAAUUCUUGACGGAGUCAAAGUGCUCGAACUCUGUCGUAUUAUUGCAGGGCCAACCAUCGGUAAGAUAUUAGCUGAAUACGGUGCAACUGUUAUCAAAGUGACCUCUGACGACACCUUACCUGAUGUUCCAUUUUUCCAGGUUGACGCUAACAUGGGUAAGCAUACCACUAAUUUAAAUCUAAAAGAUCCAAACGAUAGGUUAGAAUUUGAAAAAUUAUUAAAAGAUGCUGAUGUGGUCAUUGACGGAUACAGAAAGGGAGCCAUUGAGAAAUUGGGUUACGGCCCAACUAAGUUAACCCAAUUGGGGAUUGAACGAGGUAAGGGAUACAUUUAUGGAGCUGAAAAUUGUUUUGGAUUUGUUGGCGAAUGGAGUGGUCGUCCUGGCUGGCAACAAAUUGCUGAUUGUGCAAGUGGUGUGGCAUGGGUACAAGGAUUAUCAAUGGGUAAAAACGAGCCAAUGGUCCCCCCUUUCCCAAUGAGCGAUUACGGUACUGGUUGUUUGGGUGCAAUUGCUAUCAUGUUGGGCAUCUACAAACGACACAAAUACGGAGGUAGUUAUUUAUGCACCUCAUCAUUAGUGCAAUAUGAUUUAUUGUUGUUGAAGCAAGGUCAAUAUCCAGAAGAGUUAUGGAAAUCACAGAUCCUUUUAAACGACAAAUAUAAAGAGUUUACUAAGAUUAGAUAUUAUGAUUCUGUUGAUAAGAUAUCCAAGACGGCUUUAGACGCGAUGAUUGCACAAAGACCAGGUUUGCUAAACAACGCGCAGUACUUUGUUAAACAAGAAUCAAAAGGAUUUGGGGCAACAAUAUCGACCCUUAAACCCGUGUGUCAAUUUGACACAAUUGAGACUGGUUACAGGUGUUCUAGUAGACCUAAUGGCUAUGAUGCUCCUGAAUGGUGGUAG